AGUCUUCCUCCAUCUUUCUGCUGUCUCGAUCAUCAGAAUCUAGACUCGCUGCCUUGAAGGAUACGCUACUAAAUUCUGUGAAAGAACACUAGGGUUUCAUCUGAGCUACGUUUGGAAUAAUGGCAUAUAAUUUUGUGGAUUAUCUGCGAAACAUAUGGUCCGUUUCAAUGUUUGAUACUGACCUGAGAGACUCAAAGGAGAUUGUAAACACACUAUCUGUGCCUGAGAGCACAAAGACCUUUGUGUUUGCAAUCAAAGUCCCCGAGCAUGACUCCACUAUUUACAUACUCUCUGCUCAGAACUUUUCUCUUAGAUCUGUUAUUGAUGCCGAGUGUCUUAUACGGGAGCUUCGUCCUGAUGCUGUAGUGACUCAAGUGAACGGUUCAGAUCUUAGAGAAGAAGCUCAAGAGAUGGAUGAUGGCUCUAAUGAUUCCAUCCCCACGUCAGCUUUUAAAGUUCUUACACGUUGUUUUCUAGACAAAACAUUUAACAAAGAAAAGUACGAAAGUGUUGCCGGGAAGUUGGUUUUGAAGGAGAUUUUUGGGACAAGUUUCAAUGGACAUGUGUUGGCUGUCAAAAAGGUGGCUGAGGAGGUUGGUUCAUCGUUUAUGGUACUUGACUCUCCUUUUAUUAUGGAAAGUCUAUCAAAAUCUCUCAAAGCACAAUAUUAUUAUGGCUCUGCUAUAACCAAUGAUGCACAUGCCUUGAUGUUGAAACUGUUAACUUCGCAUAGUACUCACCUCAGUAAAGAGAUUAGCCCAUCAAGCAAUCUUGCCAACGAGACAAAGUCCGAUUCUCCUGAGCUUCCACUAUUUGCUUACUCCAUUUAUAACUUGCUUGUUACUCUUCACAACAUAUUCAAUGGUCGCCCAGCUAUUAGGAAAGCUUUAGACAGUGCCACAAAGAUGUUGUCUGAUGUAAACAGAGGGGAAACCAUUGAUAAAGAGGCUCUUCUUUCUGAAGUAUACCUUUUCAGAACUGCAGUUGAAGGUAUAAGAAUUGCUUUGAACAAUUCUGGUAGGCAACCCAUCAGGCUAUCAAACCAAACCCAAGUUCAGUUCUCAAAGCUCUCUUCUACGGAGAAAUCUUAUGCACUUAUGGCAGAUAGUCUCCGUGAUCAGGCUAAAAAGUUUAAGAACAUAGUAGCAGUAGUAGACGCAGGUAACCUCGCAGGUCUCAGGAGACACUGGAGAACUUGUGUUCCUCAAGAAGUCAAAGAUAUGUCUACCGAGCAUACGCUACUGGAUUGUAGUAGUAAUGAUUCCAACUUAAAACCAAUUGCUGCGGUCGGUGCAGGUGCUUUAAAACUAACCAAGGCCGUUUCAGCGUUUAAAGCCCUAGCUCCGUUGAAACUUUUCUUGAGAAACACGCAAAAGGCAAUGUUUUUGGGAAAAACAUCUUUAUCCUCGGAGAUAAUCAGGUUCAGCGGAGUAACAGAGUAUAUAUUAUCUUCUGCGCAAGAUACCAGCUUAUUUUCCGUACAAGCUACACUUUAUACAAUGAUAAUAAGGAGAAGACGAGCAACACCUAUAGGCACCUUACCAGUGGCUAUGUUUGGAGUCAGUCUUGCUACUUUUGCGGGGUUGCUCUACUAUGAAAAGGGGAUCAUGUGUGCAGCUGAGACUCUUCCUUCAGCUCCUUCGAUUGCAAAACUAGGACGUGGGAUUCAAAACUUACGUGAGGCGUCUCAGGAAGUGAUAAGGAGAGAAAACAAGAGGAUACCACCGAAAGUAAUGGAGGGGCUUAGUCAGAGGGUGAGGGACUUCACCCUUCGCUAUUCAUUAUCUUUCAGUUUCAAAACCAAAUUUGGUUCGUAUUAG